CUCGCCCCACUCCUGUGACGUGCCCUUGGUGUGGGAAGAGAAAAGGAGCUUGAAUAGACGGACGUGAGCGACGUUCCAGAGAGGACAAACUAGUUCAUUCAGAUGCUUGACUCAUCCUGAUGCAUGAGUUCCCUUAAAGGAAGCAACACCCACAUUUUAUGCUUGAUUCAUCCUGAUGCAAGAUUUUCCUUAAAGAAGGCAACACCCACAUUUUGUAAGUGUGUCUCCUGUGCCUUUUACACUUAUAUUAAUGAAAAGUACUAAAGUGCAAACCUCGACACACUGAAACAUCGAACCUAUACGCAUGUGCA